AUGGACCAGCGCAACGCCCCGAUGCCGAAUUUCCCUGUUCCUCUCACGGAAGGGGAUGAUGUCUUGUAUGCGCUUCAAAAACGUCAACAGAACUGGGGCUUCCCACGGGAAGCCGACGCCCCUCCAACCUUUCCACAACAUCUAGAGCAGCCGCCUCGCUAUUCGGUUGCUCUCCAGCCAUACUCUCUCUCAACUGUGCAUCCUCCUAUCCACGCUCAUCUCGUAGCGGAACCAUCAACCCCACCUCGACGUCAAUCGGUAGCACAGUUGCCCUCGAGGCGGUCGUCGCUAGCUCAAGGAAGAAGAGAUUCAACGAAAAGCACUGGGUCGAAUUACACGUUGGCCUGUCUUAACUGCCGCUCAAAGAAGAUAAAAUGCCUGCUUGAAGAAGGAGGAUGCAAAAAAUGCAAAAAGCUAGGGAUACCGUGCCCAGGUCCAGAGGUAGACGAACGGAAACGCCCGUCGUCCAAACGACACAUCCGUGAAUUACACCAGCGCAUCCAUGACCUGGAACUUGCAUUGAAGCAGAGCGAGGCACUCCGCAAAGCCCAGUCGCAAAACUUUCAUACUAUCCGCGGCAUUGCUCAGUGUUCACCACCAGAGUCACCGGUAUCACUACUAAGGCAGAAGGUGCCGGAUAAUAUAAUCGCUCGUCUUUGUGACGGGCGGUAUCAACUGAACUAUGACUCUGAAGGCCAACUUCGAUAUUUUGGUCCAACUUCAAGCCUACAUUUGACUGAUACCGUGGCCUCAUCUAUCGUGCGAACAUGGGGAGAAUUCUCAACCAGUCCCAAGGUAGAUGUCUGCGAAAUAGACCCUGAAACCCAAGACUACUUGCUCAACCUGUACUGGAAAUUCCAACACACUGAGCUUCAAAUCCUACACAAGGAAGCUUUCUUGAGGGAUAUGGCAACUGGCCAAACCAAGUUUUAUAGCAAAGCACUCCUCUACUGCAUCAUGGCGUGUGCUGCGCGCAUUUCUCACCGGCCAGAAAUCCGUGCUAUGGUGUUGUCGCCUGGCCUCUCGCCAACGGAGGAGCUACCCCCUUUGUUUGCCGCCGCUUCCAAGCUUGUCGACGAAGAGUUGAAACGCCCACAUGUCACUACUGUACAGUCACUACUAUUGCUAUCAGUGAUUUACUGCGCAUUCUCGCAAGAUACCAAGGGCUGGGUUUUGACAGGGACUGCAUGUCGGUUGGCACUGGAUUUAGGUCUGCAUCGUGACUGCUCUUCCUUGUCUGAUAGGAUGACUCCCAUGGACAUGGAAGCCCGCAAUAUUGCAUUCUGGGGCUGUGUCGUAUUUGACAGACUAUGGUCGCUAUAUCUUGGCCGCCAGUACUGUUUGAGACUUGAUGGAGAGGUGACAGCACCUCGGCCCGGCGCAGCAGUAAAUGGAAUGACGCCAAGCUGGGAAGCUCGGUUGGCUGAUGCCUGGAGUGGUCUACUCGAAAUAGUAGGCUUCAUUUGCGAAUCUCUAAAUCAAAACAAAUGCACCAUGAGCCGAGUAAACGAGCUCGGUGACCGUCUUAAGGGCUGGUAUGACGGACUUCACGUCUCGCUUCAAUACCAGAGGGAUUCACCCCCGUCUGUUUCUGUUUUACAUAUGCAAUAUUGUGCGGCGGUAAUAUUAUUGUAUCGCCCACUUGCAAAUUUCGGCAUAGAAGACUCAGAGAGAAGCGGCUACUCGUCUCAGUUCCGCCUCAUCUGUGUCAAACAUGCCAUCGAUGCCACUCGGUACAUGGAGGACUACCGAGUCAAUUACGGCAACGCAACAACUCUGAGUGGCAUAAGUUUGCAUGUCAUAUCAACAGUCUCAACGACGCUUAUUGCCGACAUAACAGAACGACGAAACGCAGACGUUAGCCAGGAGUUCCAAUGUCUAAUAGUCUGUGUUCGCACGUUACUCGAGCUAGAACAGACCUAUAUCGUGGCCCAGCAAGUACGCAAGGUACUCGAAGUGGUGAUUCGGGUAUGUAACCUUGAAAAUCACCAGUUACAGCUUGCGUCCUUACUACCAGAGGACUUCCCGAUCGGGGCAUCAUUUGAUACUACACCGUCUGCUGGCCAGACCGAAAGAUCUCUUGACGAUGACUCCCAAACCGAACGGGAACUCGACACCAAUGUUCUCAUACAACGGUUCCGUGGGGCCCCUCCGGAGCCUCCCAUUUCCGCCGAACCUUUACAGAUGCCGGAGCCACCUUAUCUGGGCAUCACAUAUAACCCCUUUCCACUUCUCGACGGGAUACAGAUACAUCCUCACCCUUCCACGAUGUCAGGUGACAUACAUGUUACGUAUCCUUGCACUCAGUAA